AGCGUGCGGGCGGUGCUAGUGGCGGGAGGAGUAAAGAUGGCGGUGCGGGGGUCUCCGCCUUCUGCUCCCGGCUGAAGCGCUCUGAGGGAAGCGGCAGCGGCAACUGGGGCAGCAAUAGCAAUCCAGUGGUGGUAGUUUCAGCAGCGGCUGCUGAGGCCGGAGCAAUGGCAGAAUUGGAGCACCUAGGCGGGAAGCGGGCGGAGUCGGCGCGAAUGCGGCGGGCUGAGCAGCUUCGGCGCUGGCGGGGCUCGCUGACAGAGCAGGAACCCGCGGAGCGACGAGGCACCGGGCGGCAGGCGCAGACUCGUCGCGGGAGCCCAAGAGUCCGCUUCGAGGACGGUGCUGUCUUCCUGGCCGCUUGCUCUAGCGGGGACACCGACGAGGUGAAAAAGCUUCUGGCAAGAGGUGCAGACAUCAACACGGUCAACGUGGACGGUUUGACAGCCCUGCACCAGGCCUGUAUUGAUGAAAAUUUGGACAUGGUGAAGUUUCUGGUGGAGAACAGAGCCAAUGUAAACCAGCAGGACAACGAGGGCUGGACACCCCUUCAUGCAGCAGCUUCCUGUGGCUAUCUCAACAUAGCAGAGUAUUUCAUUAACCAUGGAGCCAGUGUGGGUAUUGUGAAUAGUGAAGGUGAAGUCCCCUCUGACCUUGCAGAAGAGCCUGCCAUGAAGGAUCUUCUUCUGGAACAAGUGAAGAAGCAAGGAGUUGAUCUAGAGCAGUCAAGAAAAGAAGAAGAACAACAGAUGUUACAGGAUGCCCGCCAGUGGCUCAACAGUGGGAAAAUAGAAGAUGUAAGGCAGCCUCGUUCAGGGGCCACAGCCCUCCAUGUGGCGGCUGCCAAGGGCUACUCUGAGGUCCUCAGACUUUUAAUCCAGGCUGGCUAUGAACUCAAUGUUCAGGAUUAUGAUGGCUGGACUCCCCUCCAUGCUGCUGCGCACUGGGGUGUGAAGGAGGCUUGCUCCAUCCUGGCGGAAGCACUCUGUGAUAUGGAUAUCAGGAACAAACUGGGCCAAACACCAUUUGAUGUGGCUGAUGAGGGUCUUGUGGAGCACUUGGAGAUGCUCCAGAAGAAGCAGAAUGUGCUUCGAAGUGAAAAAGAGACACGGAAUAAGCUCAUUGAGUCAGACCUGAACAGCAAGUUGCAGAGUGGACUCUUUAAGAACAAAGAGAAGAUGCUCUAUGAAGAAGAGAUACCCAAGUCCCAAGAAAUGGAGGAAGAAAACAAAGAGUCCAGCAGCUCCAGCUCAGAGGAGGAGGAAGGUGAAGAUGAAGCUUCUGAGUCAGAAACCGAGAAGGAGGCAGAUAAAAAACCAGAAACCAUUGACAACCAUUCCAACUCUGAAAGCAAGAGUAUUAUUACGGAACAGAUACCAGCACCAGCUCAGAAUACCUUCUCUGCCUCUUCAGCCAGGAGAUUCUCCUCCAGCCUUUUUAACAAGCCGGAAGAGCCCAAGGAUGAAUCUCCUUCUUCGUGGAGACUGGGACUCAGAAAAACUGGCAGCCACAACAUGCUGAGUGAGGUGGCCAAUUCCAGGGAAGCUCUAAGGGACCGAGGCUCUUCUGUCUACCGGUCAUCAUCAAGCCCUCGGAUUUCUGCUCUGCUGGACAACAAAGAUAAGGAGAGAGAAAACAAGAGCUAUUUUAGUUCACUAGCACCCCGGAGGCUCAGCAACACAAGUGACGUCGAAGAAAAGGAGAACAGAGAAUCAGCUGUCAAUCUAGUGAGGAGUGGGUCCUAUACUCGGCAGCUGUGGAGAGAUGAAGCGAAGGGAAAGGAAACUCCGCAGACAGCUGUUCCAUCCACCUAUGUAUCAACCUACUUGAAAAGUGCUUCAUUUGGUAGAAGUAGUGACCCCACAAGUCCCUACAUUUCAGCCAAUCGCAAUUCAUCUCCUGCUACCUCACCCAUUACCAUUGGUUCAUCUACCUCUCGGGGCAGCAAGUGGCAACCUGCCUCUUCUUGCCCUGCACCAAUCAGUGCAAACACUACUGCAUCUGUACACCAUGGCAGGACUCCUUACAAAUCACAGGCUGACUCAACAGCAGAGAAAACAGCAGACAAUGUCUCUUCCAGCACCCCGCUCUGUGUGAUCACUAAUCGCCCUCCACCUAACACUGCCAAUGGGGUUACAACUGCCACUUUGCUCUCCACUCCUGGAACAGACUCCUCUGUGGAAGCCAGGGAGAAGAGGAGGUCAUAUCUGACUCCUGUACGGGAUGAGGAAGCAGAAUCUUUACGGAAAGCACGCUCCAGACAAGCUCGGCAGACUCGAAGGUCUACUCAAGGCGUGACGCUAACGGACCUUCAAGAAGCAGAAAGGACAUUCAGCCGGUCGAGGGCAGAACGGCAAGCUCAGGAGCAGCCUAGCCAGAAGCCUGCGGGCACUGAAGGGCUUGAGGGAAGCACAGAGAAGCAUGAGCCCUCAGCAGUCCCGGCAAAGGAAGCUGGCGAGAGCCGUCAACCCUGGGGCGGGAGUCUGGAUGAGGAGCCUGUCUAUCGUCGCCUGAGGUAUUCAGCUCAGCCAGACAAACCCACAACACCAGUGUCUCCUUCUGCAUCAAGGCCCACUCUCUACACCAGUUCCCAUCUGCUACGGACAAGCAGAUCUUCAGUCCCUGACUCUGAGAGUUCAGAGACCACCACAAACACUGCAGUUGCAAAAGAAAUGGACAAAAAUGAGAGUGAAGAUGCAGAUGUGGAUGAUCAGUCCUCUAAUAGACUGUCCAUCCGUGAGCGGAGGAGGCCCAAGGAACGACGAAGAGGCACAGGCAUCAAUUUCUGGACAAAGGAUGAAGAUGAAACUGACGUCUCUGAAGAGGUAAAAGCAGCACUGCAUGAAAGACUUUCUAGGUUGGAAUCAGGAGGUAGCAACCCUACCAGCAGCGAUUCUUACGGUGACCGUGACCGGGCUUCAGCAAGAGCCCGACGGGAGGCACGGGAGGCCCGCCUCGCCAGCCUGAGCAGCCGCGCGGAAGAGGACCCCAACAGGGAUUAUAAAAAACUCUACGAGAGUGCCCUAACCGAAAACCAAAAACUGAAAACAAAACUUCAAGAGGCCCAGCUAGAGCUAGCAGAUAUAAAGUCCAAGCUUGAGAAGAUGGCCCAGCAGAAACAAGAAAAGACCUCUGACCGAUCGUCGAUGCUGGAGAUGGAGAAACGGGAGAGGAGAGCCUUGGAGCGGAAAAUGUCCGAGAUGGAGGAGGAGAUGAAGGUGUUAACAGAACUGAAAUCCGACAACCAGAGGCUGAAAGAUGAAAAUGGUGCCCUCAUCAGAGUCAUCAGCAAACUGUCCAAAUAGACUAGGCUCCAGAUUUAGGAGGGAUAGGACGGCAUUUGCUGCCCCCAUGCCUCUUUUCCAGCCAUUGUCUUCCAACCAAAAGAAGUGAAUGUUUUGGUGGAAGGACCACUUCUUUCUGCCCCUCUUCCAGUCACCUUCUCUGCACUGUACAUUUCCUCUGCACUCUCAGUGCCCUGUUCCUCCUAUACCCCCACCCCCUGAGUUUUAUGACAGUUUUAAUUGAAGCAUGAUUGUGAUAAUUGGAGCCAUUCGAGCCAUCUGGAGAAGGCCUUGGGGAGUACACCAGGCUCAGCUGUGGACCCCAACUUCCUGCUGCUCAGCUACUUGUCCACAUUGGAUUUGGUCCAAACAUGUAAGGCCUCUACCCAAACCGGUACCCCACAGCCUUUCACGCUCUUCCAGUGUCCUCUGAUAUAGGUGAGUCUUAUGGUGGCCACUCCAGGAUCCUGUCUGGGAUGCCAAGAGAAACAGGAUGUUGGCAAAAUCAUCCGACAGCUUCUGGAGCUGUGUUUCCAUUAGAUUCAAGGUGACAGUGACUCUGCAUUGAAGGUCUCUGCUAGUCUUCACCUCAGGAACUGACUUUUCUCUAACUCCUUGCUGGUGUUACUGUUACUUUUUCUAUCAACAACCCAGUAACAUCCCUGACUAGUCUUAACUCCUACUCCUCCCUCAUGCCUCGUCCCCUUCCCCAGGGCUCAGAUGACCCUGGCUUCAUUUAUUCCUUUCCUUUCUAUCCUUUUAUUUUUCUUUCUGUCUCCCCUCCACCACCUCACCACAUGGUGUAAAAGCUAGAACGGAGCAUCUGACCUCCCUUGCCUUUGGCCAUUAUGGAAGGUCAUUUCUCCUGGGGCACUCUGGAGACCAGGAGAACUGCCUUGGUGGCAGCACCACCGGCCUUCUCGCUGAAAAGCCAGACCAUGGCAUAAACGUCAGCCCACGUUCUCAUCUCCUACGUGUUUUCCCUACACAGUGAGUUUCUUUAGUAGAAAAUCUGGGCUCUGAACACCCCAUUCCGCCUCACCUCCUUUUGACCUUGUUUUCCUCUCUCCACUCUGGCACCUGCUCCUAAUGAAAAAGGAAGUCCUCGCGAGGAGGCAUGAGAGCUGAGAAGGGUAGAUUGAUGGGAGGUAGACUAGGGAGUGAAAGCAGGUUGGAAAGACAUAUAUGGUGUAAAGUAGAGUAGCUGGGGACACUUGCAACCUCGUGACAAAGAAGGUACAAGAUGGCAGCCCAUCGUGCUGUGAUAAUGGUGGUGAAUGUGACUGUUUCUGGUGGCUAGAUUUAGGGGAGAGACCUUUGUUUCCUUAGAAGCCAGCAGGAACAAUGACUUCUUAACAGAGGUUGAAAGUGAUGAGAUCCUUCCAGCCCCUUCAUGAGAAUCAUGGAAUCUUUGGCAAAGCCCAGAGAUGGUAUGAUGGAGCUUUCCAUUGUUGUGUCACAGGGACCCCCCCCCCCCCCGACACACACACACACACACACCACGGUCAGGUGUUCCCUGGUGGCUGUGCACUUAAUCCUUGGAAGUUGGGCAACUCUGAUAACCAGAAAGUUUUUCCUAACAUGAGUUAAGGUCUGCCUGUGGAUUCUCCACAUUGUCCAGUACUGCCCUUUGAUGUGACAACCCUUCAGAUAUGUGGAGGCGGGGAUCUCCCCUUAACCUUACUUUCCAGCUGAUGUUUCCCCAGUCCUUUGAGGCACUCCCCACAUGGCAUACUUUUCCUGUCUGUCACAUCUCGUCUGUCGUCUCUUGGAAAAAAACAGCCUUUUAAAAUAUGCCUAAACCUGGACAGAUACUCCAUUAGCACAAAAUUAAACCAUUGGUCCUUGGUGAUGACCCAAUAUUAAUACUCAGCGUAUUUGCUCUUUAUCGGUAUUCUCCCUUGGUUCAUUUAUUUUGAGUGUGCAAGUCAUUUAAAUUCUCCUCAUUUUAGAGCUGCCCGUGAUAUUCAGCGCUUUGAGUGAUCCAUUCCCUUAACAUAUACUACCUCUGUCCAUUUUUUAUUUCUUUCCAGAAAAUGACAAUAUAGUUCUCCAUGGUCUUUGAAACAUUACAUGCUCUUUAAACCAGAGGCUAUAAUUCAAGAUCCUAAUUCCAAAAUAGGAAAUAUGUCUCCCCUGGCAAAACCCCAUUUUUGGAGUAUACAGCAGUCUCUCUUCCAUUUCCAACUAUUUUCCAAGAGAAGCUGCUACUGAUUAGGAUUUUGUAUGAUCAUGGGAGCGCUGUGCACUCAGUUCUCAGGGAAUGCUAAAUUAGAGUAAAAUGUUUCCUCGCUUCCACUAUAAACAUCUCCUUCAUUCUAGGGAGAGGGGAAAUCAACACAAGGUGUUGAGUAAUUGGUUCUCCUGGCACAUCCUGGACGUUGGGCAAGGGAUGGGGGUGGUUGCUGCCUCUUUCUCAGAAAAAGAAUUACUAGGAAAACAUCUUGACCCUCUUCCGUUAGAUAGACAGGGUAAAGGGGGUUACAGAGAGUUCCCUCAGAUCUGUUUGUGUCUUUCAAAAGCGUGGGACAGAGUCUAAAAACUCUUAGGGUGGUGUUAUGCCCCUGCUGCUUCACACAGCCCUUUCACAUUAAAGAUGCCUUUUCUUGCCAGAAAAGUUUUCCUUGUGAUGAAAAAUUAACAAGCUUCUCAAUCUCAGGAAUAUUGAAUUCUAUGGCCAAGAGCUCAUGAAAGUGUAAACCACGCUAGGUAAUUUCAGGCACUCUCUCUUAUGCAAUUAAUUUUAUUAGACAGAUAGACUCUGAAUUCUGGUCCCUUUCCAGAAAAUAAAACACCCUUUCUUCACAGUUGGAUUGACUGGAAGCCCCAGGAGUGAUGGUUAGAGACCUAAUGACCAGCCACAGCAGGCCCCCCUUCUCUUGUGCUGUUGGUCUCUCUGGUGGCCACAGAACUUCUGUCCUCAACCUGCUGGUCUGGAUGCGCGUGAGCACCCCAGGUAGCUCAAAGCUGCAUGAAAACUGCCGGUCUGGCCAACAAUUUGGGGCCCGGCUGUGUCACUUGAGUCUUUACAUGAAAUAUCAGAAUGAGGAAGAGAAGGUUCUCAGUACAGCUUUAUAUCCUCUGUUCUCAUUAAUUUGAUAUUUUUCAAAACCAAGCCACACCUUUGGGAGUAAUGGUUUGGCCAUUCCAGAGAUUCUCUGGCUGAAGUUGCCUAUUUGUCUUUCAAGGGCUGCUUAUUCUUUUCCAGAUAGCUCUUGGGCAUGAUGGCCUCUGACCCCAGUCCCGGUCUCUAGUGCAACAGGGUUAUGCAAAUCUUGGGGUGUUGCCUUGAAAGAAUCUAAAGAAUAGACCUGCCCUGGGCUUAUUCAGUGCACUGAAUUCUCUUUUGGGCAGUCUCACUUGAUAUUUCCUGGAACCUCCCUGCCGUGUCCUAUCCAACAGCAGGAUGUGUUCUCUUCUCUUCUGGGCCUUCCUGUCCCCCAUUCCAUGUUUGAGACCAAGAUGCAUGCAUUGCUGCCUGAGGCCACUGGUGGAAGGAGGCUUCAGAUCUCUGGUUUGGAUCAUUUCACAUGCUUUCCCUGCCCAAAACAAAACGUGCAUAUUGGGCAGUUCCAAGAAGGCUGAAACCCCACGUAUCAGCCUAUGAAUCCCACAAAAAUGUGUGUGAACUGUUUUGCUAUCAGGGGCUUUUAACUGAGCCAGAGAUGAGAAAAGAAACUCUCAAGGCCAUGCAAUUGGUUCGGUCUCUGGAUUUCUGGCCCCAGUGCAGCCUCUCCUCACCAGACAGACAGAUACACUGCCUCCCCUCCGAGAAUGGCCAGCGUUUCAGCCCCGGCCGCUGGCACAGGAGAAGGUCCUGGCGACGUGGGUGCCCUCCGUGUGCGGUGGUGGGUGCAAGGUGAGCAGAAGCGGCAUGGACAUGAGAGAACUAUUUAAUGUGUUGUCAGCUAUUCGGCCUGCAGGCUGCUUUGCACCACAAAAGGGAAAGUGUGUAAAGGAUUCGGCAACUGAGCCAAUAGGCAGGGGGGACACCUAAUUCCACCCCACCCAGUGAGCCGCCAUUUCCACUAGAGCUUAAGGACAUCACACUACAUGGACCCCGGCUGGUGUCCUUCUCUUCCAGCCAUUCUCAGGGGCCGUUGUUUGUGCUAACACUGCACCUAACUUUAGAUACACAGUUGUCAAUUAUUGGUGGUCCCUGCCCAAAUCUAGGCCCAACUGUAACUGCAGAUCUUGGUCUCCAUGCUGGUUUUUUUUUUUUUUUUUAAUUUUUUGUUUAACGUUUAUUUAUUUUUGAGACAGAGAGAGACAGAGCAUGAAUGGGGGAGGGUCAGAGAGAGAGGGUGACACAGAAUCUGAAACAGGCUCCAGGCUCUGAGUUGUCAGCACAGAGCCCAACGCGGGGCUUGAACUCACGGACUGCAAGAUCAUGACCUGAGCCGAAGUCGGACACUUAACCGACUGAGCCACCCAGGCGCCCCUCCAUGCUGGUUUUUAAGGCAGAUUUCAACCCAUCAAAGGAUGUGAUUCCUCUGACCCAAUAAGCAAGACAGCUUUGAGGGCAGAAUAAGGCAACAUGAAGGGAUAAGCCCCUAGGAGUCAGAACAUCGGAUUCGAGGGCCAACUCUUGGGACCUUGGGAAAGACACCUUCCCUGUCUGCAAAUGGCGGUUGGACUGAUGAUCCUUGAGAUCCCUUCUAGGCUUCAGAUUCCGUGAUUUGUUUAUACCUAGGAGUUUCAGAAUAUUUCUUACACUCAGAAUUUUUGCUCUUUCCAAGGGCAAAAAUUCUUGGUUUCUUCUGGAUUCAAACUGUUUUAACAUCAGCAAGUCAAGGUUGGCUUCUCAUCCUUGUUAGAAAGUGAAUUUAAUACUGAGGGUAAUUGAAUGGUGUUGGCAAUUGCUUUCCCUCCUAAUGGCUGGGUAAGAAUAUUAAAACCUGCAGAGGUGGAAAUUGGAGCUCAUGGGGAAAUGGAUAGAAAGCAAUUUGUUGCAGGCAGCCUUUGGACAAAUUGUUUUAAUAGGAAAUAGAGCUGCUCCUUCAUAGAUUUCCUCCACCUACCUUUCCUCCACCUUCUCAAAUGUGGUCUACGUGGCCGUUCGCAUCCAAAGAGCAGACAUUGCCUUUCUGCUUAGCACCAGCUUGCUCAUAGUCUUAAAUUCUGCCCUGUAGCAGCAAGAGAAUUUUCCUCAGUGAGAACCUCAGCCUUUAGUUCUGUUGAGCUCCUCUGGAUUCUGGACUAGAAGUAGGAGGUUCCAGUGCUGUUCACGAUGGUCCUUCCUUUAAGCAGGUCUGCAGGAGCACUCUACCAGGGCAGUAAAAGCUUUAGACCCUAAGUCCACACAGCCAUAUUGCAUAGAACAGCACUCAGCCCUGACAAGCCUCCUGCAGGACUGGGUGUGAGCAGAGUGGAAGGACAGAGACCCUGAAAGGGGAGGUGGCCAUGAGCUGCAGUGGGAAGGUGGGAAGAAGGCAGAACAAAGAGCAGCAUGGAGGCCGCCAGCCCCAGAGGAAGGGGUCACUGAGCCGCGGAGCCGCAUGCAGGGGAAUGAGUGCUGGCUCUCUGGUGCCCUCAUCCUUUGGCCCCCAGCGGAGCGCAGAUUUUAAUCAGCUUCCCUAAUGGGUAUCGACAUUGCUUGGGAGCAGCGGACCCUAUCAGGGAACAGCUAUUGAUCGCUUGUGUUCUGAUUAGAUUGGAAAACAGAUCAACUUCGCUGCUGCCCAGGAACUGUUAUUGUCACAGCUACUCGGGAAGGAGGUGGUCUCUGGGGACGGAGAAAAACCAAAUCGAGAAUCUUGACUAGCCUGCCAACGACUACAGGGGAAGAGACGCAUUCACUUGUCCUUUGAGAUUUGUGGGUGAGCGUCAAAUUGUACCUAGUGUGGCUUGCAACCCAGUGUCCCGGAAGCCCCUCCUCAGGAAGAACUGUAAUAAGAGGCUGUGUUUACAGACAGGCACCACUGAUGAGCGAUGAAUUGACGAAUGAUCUUACCUAAAGAGGUUUAACAAUUUGGAGAGCACUCUGGCUUCUAGCCUGUGUGCAUACACAUGCACAUUUGCUAGCACAGAGCUUUCAGAAGGAAGUCUGGCUUAUUCUUGAUGAACCAGUUUUAUCCAAGUGUAUUGUCCUGUUCAUUCUUAUAUUUUGCUUUCCCCCUGCCCUUCCAGUCCCCUAAAGGACUUCUCCCUGAGCCAUUCUCCCAUCUGCUUAUCAUUUUGGACUGUGAUUCUUCCAGAGUGAUACUUUCCGUUAUUUCUCCAAAUUUCCCCCUCACGCUUCCAAUAAACUUCUUGGGUGUCCCCUUAAAGUAACAUGAGGGUGCUCUUAUGUCCUUCUCCCCCUCCCCCCGGGAAAACCUACCAUUCACCCUUCCUCUCUCAUCUUCCUCCAUUCUUUGUUCUUUGCUUUUCUCACUUGGAGCUGAUGGUACUUAGGGGAGGUGGUUUUCCACAAAUCAGCCAUGAUUCCUGGAGGAGUUCCAUACGCCAACAACUACCACCACCACCACCCUCUUCUAGUUUCAGAGGUCCCUGGCUGUGCUAAUGGCCUCUCGGAAAUGAGGUUUGAAUGGCGGGCCUGUUCGACUUCUCCACAGACUGACCAGAGAGACCAUGGGUAGCCAUGUCUAGUUUUUGUUCUGAGAGUUUUGACUAUUUCCAGCUAGAGACAGAGUGUCUUCUCAGAAGAAAACUUCAGCCCAUUGCUGCCUUGCAGGAGAAGAUUCAGGAAAGGCACAGUGACUGCAGUGAGCCUGUCUGAGCCUCUGAAGUCCCACAAAACCAGAGUUGGGGGAUGAGUGCAGAUCCUGAACAGGCACAUGUGAUGUCAGCAUUUACUAGACUCUCACCUUAACAUAUCUGACCUUGCCUUUUCUCCCUCCCACACCACUGAAGCCUGGGACAGAUCCCAGUGUGUCCUCUGGUGAAGAAGGCCAAAUAAUGAGCCAUUAGAGGAAGAAGGACAUAGGGGCUCAAGCACAGAACACCAGCAGGGGUAGGAGAGGGUUCUGGAAGGAUGCACAAAUCCACAAUAACUCUGCUUCUAGUUAGUGUCCCUUGAGCCCUUGAACGAUCAGGCCUGCCACCUAGCUGGCACCUAAGUAGGGCCAUCAUCUCCCUGAAGAGGGAGGGAACAUGUUUUGCCCAUGCACUCCCUGCUCUCGGAGAAUGUACGGACUUAGGCCAUUCAGACUCAGCCUUUGUCUUUAUGGCUUCCCUCCCUCCGUUCUUCCUCUGCCUUGACCUUGAUCAGAUAGGGGCGAGAAGAGCUUAUAAGAACCACUCUGGGGUCUUCAUGCCUCUCCCAUUUUCAGGGUUGAAUUUUGUGUCUUCUCCACUCACUCCACUCUUCACUCCCGACCUCACUUCCACCGCAGUUCAAGCGCCAGAAGUAACGUUUCCAGCUGAGUUGUGUGGAUUAAUUUCAGUCCCUUGUAAAUACACCUGGGGCGGGCUAGGGGCAUUUAGGGAGGGGAGCCAGAUUCGCUUUGUGAAUUGAAUGUAUUUUUAUGCAAUUUUGAGUGGCCUUUCAACCCUGAGAUGAAUGAUUUUGUUUUACUGGUUGUUAUUAUAUAGUAUUAAGUAUUCUGUGUUUGAAAGUUUGGGAAUAAUAUUCACAUCUAUAUGAUGCCUGUAAACACAACCAUAUUUAUAAAUGAGUAAAUAAAACCGUGUUUUAACUUUGUGA